UACAACAGCAGCUUACAAGAACAAUGCAGCAGGAAAUGCAGGCAACUGAACAAAGAAUUCGGAACUAUCAAGAAGAACAAUACUUGCAGCUAGAAGAGUUCCGUGAGAAAGCCCACAAUGACUAUAAUGCUUUAGCAGGGACAAUAAUGCUGCCCACAGUCAGUCUACAAUGGCCAUAGUCAACAUGUCUAGUCAACAAAUUGGUAAAGAUAAACCAAAAAUAGAACUUACUGCAGCAAUCUCACCACCGUUAGCAACAAAUUCUAGUAGCACUAAUAGCAGCAUUGGAAUAUCACCAGUUAGAUCUUCUGAAAUGUUAUCAUCUGAUUUGGAUAUCCAGAGCAGAACAUCAGGAGAAACUAGAUCUCCACAUUCUUCAAGCAGGCCAUUUAAAUCCACCAAGUCUAAUGUAGAUUGUGAAGGAUUAUUCGACUUAGAAGGAAUGGAUGAUGAGCAUGAUCAAGAAGAUGCUGCAGGAAAUGAUUCAGAUUCUUCUAAUGAAUCUGAUGGUGGAUUACAUAUGAAUAGUGCUAGACAGGCAUCAAAAUCAGAUCCAAAUGAAGGUGUCAUUGCUAGAAGUCUUCCCAUAAGUGUACCUACUUAUAUAUCUAUGCAUAAAGGUGGUCUAAUGGACAGUGAUAGUGAUUCCAUGACAACUGAUAGUGGAAUGGAUAUUGCAGCUAGUAUUAAAGCAAUUGCAAAAAGUGUUCAUGGUGAUGCAGUUUUUGGCGAACUACCAAGACCACGUUUCCGAACACAAAUUUAGGCUUAAAUAUAAACAUAUUUUAUAUCUGAUCACAAAAUAUAUUUUUAAUUAACUUUUGCUGAGAAAUAUAGCUACUAUAUAUUUGCUUCAGAUCCUCACAAGUUUUCAAUACAUAAUAUAUUUAAGAAAACUUUGAUAUGAAUCAGUGA